AUCAAACCGGAAGUUAAACGCUUCCUGGUUGCAGUUGCAAAUCUAGCCUGUCACUAAACCGAUGACAAAACAAAAUGGAUUAUUACAAUUUAAUUGCAGUAUUUGCACUUAUUAAUUUGCUUGUUUUCAUACCACAUGGAUACAGUAAUUAUGUUGAGAGCAAAGCUGGACAGUUUUUCAGCAGUGGCCACACCAACAACUGGGCAGUCCUGGUCUGCACGUCUAGAUUCUGGUUUAAUUAUCGGCAUGUGGCGAACACGCUGUCGGUUUACAGAAGUGUAAAGAGACUAGGCAUUCCAGACAGUCACAUUGUGCUGAUGCUAGCCGAUGAUAUGGCCUGUAACUAUAGAAACCCCAAGCCAGCCACUGUGUUCAGUCAUAAGAACAUGGAGCUGAACGUGUAUGGAGAUGACGUGGAGGUGGAUUACCGCGGAUAUGAGGUCACAGUAGAGAAUUUCCUGCGAGUCCUGACAGGGCGUCUCCCCCUCAGCACCCCUCGAUCCAAACGUCUGCUUUCCGACGACCGCAGCAACAUUCUCAUCUACCUGACAGGUCACGGUGGAAACGGCUUCCUGAAGUUUCAGGACUCUGAGGAGAUCAGCAACAUGGAGCUGGCUGAUGCUUUUGAGCAGAUGUGGCAAAAGAGAAGGUACAACGAGUUGUUGUUCAUCAUAGACACGUGCCAGGGGGCCUCCAUGUACGAGAGGUUUUACUCGCCCAACCUCAUGGCCCUGGCCAGCAGCCAAGUGGGAGAGGACUCGCUCUCUCAUCAGCCAGACUUGGGAAUAGGAGUGCAUUUGAUGGACAAGUACACCUUCUACUUACUGGAGUUCCUGGAGGAAGUCCACCCCGCUAGCCAGGCCAACAUGAACGAUCUGUUUAAGGUGUGCCCGCAGAGUCAGUGUGUGUCCACUCCGGGUCACCGAACUGACCUGUUCCAGAGGGAUCCGGGGAGCGUCCUCAUCACUGACUUUUUCGGAAGUGUCCGCAAAGUGGAGAUCACCAAGGAUACUAUCAAUCUGACGUCCCCUGUAGAACCGCCAAUAAAGAGGUCCGUAAGCAGUGAUAUACAAAUCGAAUCGUUGACAUAUGCGGAUCAACUCCCAGUGGCUGAAAUUAUUCAUCAGAAACCCAAGCAGAAAGACUGGCACCCACCUGAUGGCUUCAUUCUGGGGCUCUGGACUCUGAUCUUGCUGGUGUUCUUCCAGACCUAUGGCAUCAAGCAUCUCAAACACAUCUUCUGAUUCAUCCCUCCCAGCACCGCAGAGGUCAAAGAACCCAUCGCUCCAUAAAAGAGCCCACCCUAACUUUGUUCAUGAUUGAUUUGGUCAGGAAUAGGUUUUUAUUUAUUUUUUGAUGCAAGUUUGUUUUCUUUGGGUUUUGCCGUGUAUCAUUUUUUUGAAAGUGACAUGCACUGACUUCUUACGUUGAAACAUUCUUUGUUGUUUGUUGCUCAGUGGGGAAAGCAUUUGAAUUUCACACAGGGACUUUCUAUUGAACUAAACACACAGACAGCUUGCAGGGAAGACGCUUGUUUGUUGGUUUGUUUGUUCUUUAUUUCUCCAUUUGUUCUCAGUGGGAUGAGAUUUGUUUUAAAGAGAUUAUCUAAAUGUGUAUAUGCAAUUGCUGAUCUGUUGUUUCAAUUGCACUUUAUAAUUAGCAUUUUUGUUAUUUAAUGGUUAUUUGAAGUGGAAAAUGAAACUACUUUUGGGUGUAGCACAAAUAAUGUAUGGUCCCAUUUUACCACGAUUGAAACAAUGAGUUCUUUUUUGCAUAAAGAAAAUAAAGCCUAUUUUAGGAUCAUUAUGUUUUGUUUUUGUAUUUCAAGCAUAUUUUAAUCCCAAAUUGUCAUAAUGAAAAGAAAAAUCUCUUGUCGUAAAUGUAAAACAGUGAUGUUUUUUCUUUCUUUUUAAAUCCGCAUAAAUCAAGUACAAGAAAUGAUAACAUAUCAAUAUUGUCCUUAGUUUAAAUAAUAUAACACUUGUUUUCCACACAUCAUUAAACUGCUGACAAUUAACUGACAUGAAGUGAGUAGAACAUGUCAUGAAAUAUCUCAUUGGUCCUAAAAUAGGCUUUGUUUUUAAGCAACACCUAAGCUCUUUGGGUUUUUUCUUCUGUUGCCUAGAUGUUUUCAUGAAAGACCCAACAAUAAAUAUGUGGAAUUAAUGGACAACAAACAACAUUUCAAUGUACAUCAACCAAUCAGCUCACAACAGCUGUCCAUUAGCGUCUCUGCUGCACUUGAACUGUGUUCAGCCCCAGACACAGCAAGUGUGAAUGAGAGGUUGACAAAUUUCACUCUUUAAUAAAAAACAAUUCUCUCUGUCUAAUGCAUCAUUAACUGUUGGUAGGUAAGACAUCAAUGAUUCUUUAGGACAGCAACCCACAAAAUAUUCACUGGAUCUCACGGAGUAAAUGCAUUAUGAGAAUUUCUACAGUGCCAUUAUGUCUUUUUCCCAUUUAUGUUCUCUAGCAUUUUUCUUUAUGUUUCUAUUAUAAAACUGGCUAAAGGUGACAUUUUGAAUAAAGCCUCGAGUGAAAAGAC